CUGACCCAGCAACACCGGCCACCACCAACCACCAUCACAAUCUUAACGUUUUUUGCGCUGGAUCCAUCACAUAUCACUGUGUUUUUAUUUUUAAUUCUAACAAGGAACAUGAAUGUGCUGUGUGCAGUCAUUCUCUCAUCAGCCAAAGUCACUCCUCACUCAGAGUGCCCUUUUUCCAGCUGAAACUGAGGAAUCAUCCUCCCUUGUACUCACUUUUAAGUUCUGGCCUAUCAAGGCACUGGCAGUGGCACGGCGACUCCACCCCCUACACCCUCUAAAUGAGGGACAAGGCCACUCAGACCCCUAGGGCCUGGGUAGAUGAGCGGAGGAGAGGCUCUCAUAAGCGAUCGGCUUCUUGCGGUAGCACUGAUCAGCUGAAAGAGAUUGUAAAAUUGCGGCAGCAGCUCCAGCGCAGCAAACGCAGCAGUCGUCAUCGCCGGGACAAAGACCGCAAGUCCCCAUUUAAUGGCAACCAUGCCAUCAUCCAAUCACAGUCUCAGAUGCCUAAAACCAUCCUGAUUCCCAUCCCCAUCUCCAAGUCCACGCCCCCCCGUUUCCGGAACAGCAUAGAGUGCCUCAACCAGGAGAUUGAACGCAUCAUCAUUCGGGACACAGUCGAACGAGACGAGAUCAUAAUACCACAGGAUGUUCCUGAUGGGCACCGUGCGCCCCCUCCCCUCCCCCAGCGCAGCAGCAGCACCCGCAGCAUUGACACACAGACGCCCUCAAAUGGUGGGCUUGGCAGUAACCGUAGCAACAGCAGCAGCCGAGCUGACUCUGUCUCACCCUCAUACCUUAGCAUCCUUAACGACACAGUUGGAAACAGCCCUCUCCUAAACGAUGACGCGCUCAAUGAGAUCAAAGAAAGAGACAUUGGACCUUGGUCUCCUCUUCCCAAAUAUGCUUCUUCUCCAAAGCCCAACAACAGCUAUAUGUUCAAACGUGAGCCUCCAGAGGGCUGUGAAAAAAUUAAAGUCUUUGAGGAAAACCAGCCAAGGCCUCUCCAAAAGAUUCCUCCAUAUCUCUGCCCAGACAGGAACAAGGUGAACUUCAUUCCCAAAAGCGGCUCUGCUUUCUGCCUGGUAAGCAUCUUGAAGCCCCUGCUGCCCACACAGGAGCUGAACUUCCGUAGCGGGAUGGGAUUCCGCAGCAUCUCCCCCUCCUUGGUGCCUCUAGGUGGGGUUGGGGUCAGAAGCCUGUCCCCGGCCAUGGGUCCUGUCCUCUCCCGUGGACGUCAGUCACCAUGUCUCCCACGACACCUUGAGGAGCCAGAGGGUUAG